UUUCCUUUUGCUACAGAAUAAAGGUUCCCUUCAAUUGAGAGGACAAAUGGGAUUUCAUGAGACCUAUAGUCCUGAAGCUCCUACGACAGGAGUCCGUCACAAAACAGCAGUGGUUCGACCUCUUCUCGGAUGUGCAUGCAGUUUGCCUAUGGGAUGACAAAGGCCCAGCAAAAAUCCACCAGGCUUUAAAAGAGGACAUUCUAGAGUUUAUAAAGCAAGCUCAAGCUAGAGUACUCAGUCAUCAGGAUGACACUGCUUUACUGAAGGCUUAUAUUGUAGAAUGGCGCAAAUUCUUUACACAGUGUGACAUCUUACCCAAACCCUUCUGUCAGUUAGAAAUCACUUUAAUGGGAAAACAAGGAAGUAACAAGAAAUCAAAUGUGGAAGACAGCAUUGUUAGGAAGCUGAUGCUGGAUACGUGGAAUGAAUCAAUAUUUUCUAAUAUAAAGAAUCGUCUUCAGGACAGUGCAAUGAAAUUGGUCCAUGCUGAGCGGUUAGGGGAAGCAUUUGAUUCCCAACUAGUUAUUGGUGUUAGAGAAUCCUAUGUUAAUCUUUGUUCAAAUCCAGAAUACAAACUGCAGAUCUAUCGGGAUAAUUUUGAAAAAGCCUAUUUAGAUUCUACGGAGAGGUUUUACCGAACCCAGGCCCCUUCCUACCUCCAACAAAACGGUGUACAGAAUUACAUGAAAUACGCAGAUGCUAAAACUAAAAGAAGAAGAGAAGAGAGCCCAACGAUACUUAGAGACAAGGCAAGAAUGUAACUCUGUGCAGGCGCUCAUGGAGUGCUGUGUUAAUGCCCUGGUGACAUCCUUCAAAGAAACCAUUUUAGCUGAGUGCCAAGGAAUGAUCAAACGCAAUGAGACAGAAAAGUUGCACUUAAUGUUUUCUCUCAUGGAUAAAGUUCCAAGUGGAAUUGAGCCGAUGCUGAAGGACCUCGAGGAGCACAUUGUGAGUGCUGGACUAGCAGACAUGGUGGCAGCUGCAGAAACCAUUACUACUGAUUCUGAGAAGUAUGUAGAGCAAUUACUGACAUUGUUUAAUAGAUUUAGCAAACUAGUAAAAGAAGCUUUUCAAGACGAUCCAAGAUUUCUAACUGCUCGAGACAAGGCAUACAAGGCUGUGGUAAAUGAUGCAACAAUAUUUAAACUGGAGCUACCACUAAAGCAAAAAGGGGUGGGAUUGAAAACACAGCCUGAGUCAAAGUGCCCGGAAUUACUUGCUAAUUACUGUGAUAUGUUGUUAAGAAAAACACCUCUCAGUAAAAAGCUUACUUCUGAAGAAAUUGAAGCAAAGCUGAAGGAAGUGCUGCUGGUGCUUAAAUAUGUUCAGAACAAAGACGUGUUCAUGAGAUAUCACAAAGCUCACCUCACCAGACGUCUCAUUCUGGACAUCUCCGCAGACAGUGAGAUUGAAGAGAACAUGGUGGAAUGGCUCAGGGAAGUCGGAAUGCCUGCUGACUAUGUAAAUAAACUGGCUCGGAUGUUCCAAGACAUUAAAGUAUCUGAAGAUUUAAAUCAAGCUUUCAAAGAAAUGCAUAAAAAUAAUAAAUUAGCACUUCCAGCUGAUUCUGUGAACAUUAAGAUUUUAAAUGCGGGUGCGUGGUCAAGGAGCUCUGAAAAGGUCUUUGUGUCUCUCCCCACUGAACUGGAAGACCUGAUCCCUGAAGUGGAAGAGUUCUACAAGAAGAAUCACAGUGGAAGAAAACUGCACUGGCAUCAUUUAAUGUCUAAUGGCAUUAUAACCUUUAAAAAUGAAGUUGGACAGUAUGACCUUGAGGUGACAACAUUUCAGCUGGCUGUUUUGUUUGCUUGGAACCAGAGGCCUAAAGAGAAGAUUAGUUUUGAGAAUCUUAAACUAGCAACAGAAUUACCAGAUGCAGAGCUGAGAAGGACUCUUUGGUCUCUUGUAGCGUUCCCAAAACUGAAGAGGCAAGUUCUGUCAUAUGAACCACAAGUAAAUUCUCCUAAAGAUUUCACAGAGGGCACCUUGUUUUCAGUAAACCAAGAGUUCAGCUUGAUAAAAAAUGCAAAAGUUCAGAAAAGAGGAAAGAUCAAUUUAAUUGGACGCUUACAACUCACAACUGAGAGAAUGAGGGAGGAAGAAAAUGAAGGCAUUGUACAGCUCCGAAUACUGAGGACUCAGGAGGCCAUUAUUCAAAUCAUGAAGAUGAGAAAGAAAAUUACCAAUGCUCAGCUCCAGACUGAACUAGUAGAAAUUUUGAAGAACAUGUUCUUGCCACAGAAAAAAAUGAUCAAAGAACAAAUCGAAUGGCUUAUAGAACACAAGUACAUCCGAAGAGAUGAGUCCGAUAUCAACACUUUCAUCUACAUGGCAUAG